AUGUCAAAUGUCUCUGAGCUUGUGGUGAUGUGCAAAGAGAAGAAGGGCUACCACAUCGAAGCCAUCAUGAAACUAUCUCUAAGUACACCCCCCAAUGAAGGCGAGACCGUCCUCGUGGUCAAGAUCGAAGGAGAAGACCACACCCUUGGCAAUUCAUUGCGAUGGAUCAUCAUGAAGAACCCGGACACUGAGUUUUGCGGCUAUGUAGUACCACAUCCUUCUGACCAUAACAUACAGAUGCACAUACAGACCAAGAGUGGGGUGUCUGCUGUGAGUGUGUUGAGAAAGGGUCUGAGCGAUUUGCAAGAGUUGGCACAGCACACACGAGAGACGUUCGAGGAGGCCAUGACGGAAUACACGGCAACAGACGGCAUGCAGGAAUAA